GCACAUGCGCACUACUUUCUUCAUCAUUGAAAAAUUUGAAAAGUAGUCGGCCACCGACUUUCUAACCUCGCUUGAAAAAGGUCACCGCCAGAGUCUGGUUAAUCUAAGAGAGAUUUAAAAAAGGAAAAUAAAAAAUAAACUGAACCAGACGAGGAAGGCCUCUUUUUCGCAGGUAUAUGGAUCCAAGAACUGCUUGGUUUCCACCGGAGCAUCUUGGACGAGCCCAUACUCUUUGGACUAAAAUUUGGGAGGCGCAACUAGGCGUGGACAGCAUGUACCUCAAUAACAGUAACUUAGUAAAUUCGGACCAAAAAUCUCAAGAAUGUAUAUCUUUGGAUUAUAUUAAUAUACUCGAUGGAAAGAAUACACAAACGAAUGGUGACCAUAAUGUUUUAAAUCAACAAAAUCAAUUGAAACGCAAGCGUGAAAAUCGUGCCAGUACGUAUGGCUUGAAUCAUUCCUCAGUAAAGCAUUUACUUGGAAAAGAUGGCGCUCUAAUUCCUUGGAAAAGUAAGGAUAAAAAUUACCCUACAUAUGUCUUAGGGUUACAUGAUGAAAUCAAAGAUUUUUAUGUAUACAUGUCUCCCCGUCCAGAGGAAAAAUUCAUGAGAGAGGGUGUAGUGAAAAGAAUACAAAAUGUUGUAAAGCAAUUGUGGCCUGAUGCACAGGUGGAAAUUUUUGGCAGCUUUUGCACUGGAUUGUACCUUCCAACCAGUGAUAUUGACCUGGUUGUGUUUGGAACUUGGGAAACACCCCCGCUAUGGAAGUUGAAAGGUGCUCUGGUCGAGAAUAACAUUGCUGAUGAAGAAUAUAUCAAAGUGUUAGAUAAAGCAUCCGUCCCCAUUGUGAAAUUGACUGAUCGACAAACUGAGGUUAAAGUUGACAUUAGCUUCAACAUGCGUAACGGGGUAAAAAGUGCCAGGCUUAUCAAGAGUUAUAUGGAGGAGUUUCCACACUUGAAAUACUUGGUACUGGUGCUCAAACAGUUCCUUCUACAGCGAGAUCUCAACGAAGUAUUCACUGGUGGAAUCAGUUCAUAUUGCCUUAUACUUCUCACUGUUAGCUUUUUACAGCUUCAUCCUCGAUUAGAAGCUAAAACUUCUAACACAAACCUUGGAAUACUAUUGAUUGAAUUUUUUGAACUUUAUGGUCGUAAUUUUAAUUAUCUAAAGACUGGUAUUCGAAUUAAGGAUGGAGGUUCAUAUGUACCAAAAGAAGAAAUUCAGAAAGACAUGGAAAAUGGUUACCGUCCGUCUUUGUUGUGUAUUGAAGAUCCGUUGACAGUUGCGUAUGAAAGUUAUGAUACUAAUUCAGUAUUUUUAAUUUGUUUUCUUUCUUUUAGUAUUCUUGGUAGAAUUGUACGAGUAACAGAUGAAGUUGUACAGUAUCGAAAAUGGAUCCAAGAGAACUUCCCUAGUAAACAACCAUCUCCUCCAGUUUCUGUACCUUGUAACCAGGAAAUCACUAAAGAAGAGCGUAAUACAGAUGUUCUUGUUCAAUCACAGCGAGUAAAUAGAACUUCAAGUGUCAGCAGUAGUGGAAGUAGUUCAAUUGUAAAUAACCAUUGCAAUGCAAAUCCGGUGAUGGAGAGUGAAGCUUCAGAUUCUAGUGGCUCAAUAUAUUGCAAAUCUACAUCUAGUUCUUCUGCUAGCUCCAGCUCAAGUAUAGCCAGUGAUGAGGAAUCAGAUUGCAGUGCAGAUGGUAACAACAAAGUUAGCCAUUCUACUAACACUAUGAACAAUAAAUCACACUCUCAGACAUCUGUAACUCGAAGUAGAGAUCAGAAUGUGGCUCCUGGGACUGGAACAAAAAUUAGAGACAAUAACACAAUAAACACUUCAUCAUCUGCACAUUCUGUGCCUGUAGUUACAACAUCAGCUAAUGUGUAUCGACGAAUAACAAAUAACAAAUAUACUCCAAACUAUAGUCUGGGUAAACCACUUGAUGUAAAUGGACAGAACAAUAUCAAAUAUCCUUCCCAAUAUAAUAUUGGUCAAAACCCUCACAAUAUGCAAGUUAACAAAAUGAUGCAUUCAAAUAGCAACACAAAACGACGGAAAAACACAACCAAAAGAGAUGGUAUUAUCGCUCCUGGCAAUGGGAGCAACAGGUGAUCUUUCUCAGGAUAACUUGGGGUUAACCCAUGGUUGUUCAUAUACAUUGCUGGUGUUUUGACCUAUCAACUCAGCCAGUAUGUAAUGGUUUCAUACCAUUUUCUGCUUUGUUUUGAUACAAAGCAUGUAAUAAUUAAGAUAAUUAUUCCGAAUCGGAAAAAAAAAAAUGUUUCCAGUACUUGAUUGGUUGAAGGUAAACAAGAAAAAAAAAAAAAAAAA